GCUGGGAAGGUGGAGGGGCGGACCGGGGCGGGGCCAGGCCGGCUAGAGGGGCGGGUCUAGCGGCGGCCCCCGGCGAAGUUCACUGCGCUUGCGCUGACAGACGCAAGAUGGCGGACAGUGCGGAACUAAAGCAAAUGGUUAUGAGCCUUAGAGUUUCUGAACUCCAAGUACUGUUGGGCUACGCUGGGAGAAACAAGCACGGACGCAAACACGAACUUCUCACAAAAGCCCUGCAUUUGCUAAAGGCUGGCUGUAGUCCUGCUGUACAAAUGAAAAUUAAGGAACUCUAUAGGCGGCGGUUCCCGCAGAAAAUCAUGACACCUGCAGACUUGUCCAUCCCCAACGUACAUUCAAGUCCUAUGCCAGCAACUUUGUCUCCAUCUACCAUUCCACAACUCACUUACGAUGGUCACCCUGCAUCAUCGCCAUUACUUCCUGUUUCUCUUCUGGGACCUAAACAUGAACUGGAACUCCCACAUCUUACAUCAGCUCUUCACCCAGUCCAUCCGGAUAUAAAACUUCAAAAAUUACCAUUUUAUGAUUUACUGGAUGAACUGAUAAAACCCACCAGUCUAGCAUCAGACAACAGUCAGCGCUUUCGAGAAACCUGUUUUGCAUUUGCCUUGACACCACAACAAGUGCAGCAAAUCAGUAGUUCCAUGGAUAUUUCUGGGACCAAAUGUGACUUCACAGUACAGGUCCAGUUAAGGUUUUGUUUAUCAGAAACCAGUUGCCCACAAGAAGAUCACUUCCCACCCAAUCUUUGUGUGAAAGUGAAUACAAAACCUUGCAGCCUUCCAGGUUACCUUCCACCUACAAAAAAUGGCGUGGAACCAAAGCGACCCAGCCGACCAAUUAAUAUCACCUCACUUGUCCGACUGUCCACAACAGUACCAAACACGAUUGUUGUUUCUUGGACUGCAGAAAUUGGAAGAAACUAUUCCAUGGCAGUGUAUCUUGUAAAACAGUUGUCCUCAACAGUUCUUCUUCAGAGGUUACGAGCAAAGGGAAUAAGGAAUCCGGAUCAUUCUAGAGCUUUAAUUAAAGAGAAGUUGACUGCAGAUCCAGACAGUGAAAUAGCUACAACCAGCCUAAGGGUUUCUCUACUAUGUCCACUUGGUAAAAUGCGGCUGACAAUUCCGUGUCGGGCCCUUACAUGUUCUCAUCUACAAUGUUUUGACGCAACUCUUUACAUUCAGAUGAAUGAGAAAAAACCAACCUGGGUUUGUCCUGUCUGUGAUAAGAAGGCUCCAUAUGAACACCUUAUUAUUGAUGGCUUGUUUAUGGAAAUCCUAAAGUACUGUACAGACUGUGAUGAAAUACAGUUUAAAGAGGAUGGCACUUGGGCACCGAUGAGAUCGAAAAAGGAAGUACAAGAAGUUUCUGCCUCUUACAAUGGAGUCGAUGGAUGCUUGAGCUCCACAUUGGAGCAUCAGGUAGCGUCUCACCACCAGUCCUCAAAUAAAAACAAGAAAGUAGAAGUGAUUGACCUAACCAUAGACAGUUCAUCUGAUGAAGAGGAAGAAGAGCCAUCUGCCAAGAGGACCUGUCCUUCCCUGUCUCCCACAUCACCACUAAAUAAUAAAGGCAUUUUAAGUCUUCCACAUCAAGCAUCUCCAGUAUCCCGCACCCCAAGCCUUCCUGCUGUAGACACAAGCUACAUUAAUACCUCCCUCAUCCAAGACUAUAGGCAUCCUUUCCACAUGACACCCAUGCCUUACGACUUACAAGGAUUAGAUUUCUUUCCUUUCUUAUCAGGAGACAAUCAGCAUUACAACACCUCCUUGCUUGCCGCUGCAGCAGCAGCAGUUUCAGAUGAUCAAGACCUCCUGCACUCGUCUCGGUUUUUCCCGUAUACCUCCUCACAGAUGUUUCUUGAUCAGUUAAGUGCAGGAGGCAGUACUUCUCUGCCAACCACCAAUGGAAGCAGUAGUGGCAGUAACAGCAGCCUGGUUUCUUCCAACAGCCUAAGGGAGAGCCAUAGCCACACUGUCACAAACAGGAGCAGCACGGACACGGCAUCCAUCUUUGGCAUCAUACCAGACAUUAUUUCAUUGGACUGAUUCCCAGGCCCUGCUGCUCCCAUCCCCACCCCAGAUCAAAUGAACUUGGCAGAAAGAAGAGAACUUUGUGCUCUGUUUUACCUUACUCUGUUUAGAAAAGUAUACAAGCGUGUUUUUUUUCCUUUUUUUAGGGAAAAAAUUAAAAGAAAUGUACAGAGAACAAAA